UAACUGUUGUGUGUCAACAGCAGCUCUACCAUCCUCCCACACCACAACAGUGUCGGCACUAAACACAAUGGGGCUGUAAUGUCAGCGAGAGGCGAUAUUGGAGCAUCUUCUCAAGAGUACUGAUUCUGUGUAUGGAUUUAAUGAUGAUGAAAAAAAAGAAAUUUAAGUUCAAGGUGGACUUCGAGCUGGACGAUCUCUCGUCGGUCCCCUUCGUCAACGGUGUCAUUUUUUGUAAAGUCAGGCUGCUGGACGGCGGGUUCUCCGAGGAGUCUUCUCGGGAGCCGGUGCAGGCUAACUGUGUUCGAUGGAGGAAACGGUUCUCUUUCCCCUGCAAGAUGAGUGCCAAUGCAGGGACAGGUGUACUGGACCCUUGCAUGUGCCGUGUGUCUGUCAGAAAGGAGCUGAAAGGUGGGAAGGCAUAUGCAAAGCUUGGUUUUGCAGAUCUGAAUUUAGCAGAGUUUGCCGGCUCAGGGAAUACAACCCGCAGAUGUCUGCUGGAAGGCUACGAUACCAAAAAUACUCGCCAGGAUAACUCCAUUCUCAAGGUCAUCAUCAGUACACAGCUCAUGUCAGGGGAUCCCUGUUUUAAAACGCCUCCCUCCACAGCCACAGUGAUCGGGAUCCAGGGUGAUGGAGAGAGCCUGCUGGAGGAGAGGAAGGGAGGGGACUCACAGAAAGGCUGUUCUGAGAGUCGAGAAGGGAAGUGUCCUGUUGUUUCUGAUGAGCUCGGGGGCUGCGGCCACUCCCGAACGUCCAGCUACGCCAGCCAACAGUCCAAACUUUCAGGAUACAGCACAGGUCACUCGCGCUCCUCCAGCAUGUCAGAGUUCAGCCACCGGAGAAACCAUUCAGUGGGCAGCGCCUCAACGGGCAUCGGCAGCCUCCCAGAGCCCAGCGAGGACCGAGACAGAGAGUCCAGACCCUGUCCUGCUCUGCCUGAACACCCGGUCCCCACCACCACCACUAACAACCCAGCGGGCACACCAGUACGGAGCGCCUCGUCCUGUGAACGACUCAACAGACACCCUGUGAAGCAGGACUCCAUGGAGUCUCAGCUAAAAAGAAUGGACGACACGCGGGUGGAUGCUGACGAUGUUGUAGAAAAGAUCCUCCAGAGUCAAGACUUUACACCCAGCCUACUGGACUCCAGUGCUGAAGAGGAAGGCUUGCGUCUGUUUGUUGGCCCUGGGGGAAGCACAGCCCUCGGAAGCCAUCACCUUCCCACCAGGGUUGGUGCUGGAGCGUACGAGCAGGUGGUCAUAAAGCGUUAGACCUGCAGCCUCUCAGAGGUGGACUGACACUGCUUCCAUAAAAACAAAAACUGGAGGCAAGGCUGUGUCAAUUUCACUCUGCAUUCCUACAGCACAACCGUUACCUGAUCAGCAGCACCGUCUCUGACCUGAUCAUUCUGUGACAUUACAACAGUGCCCUCCUGUGUCCAUAUCUCCUGUGUGACACUGUAGCUCCCUGAUCGAUUUUUAAGAGUGAGAGGUAAACCGUUAUUAUCUCAGUGUAAACAUACAGAUAUGAAUGAAGUGAAAUGAAACAUUGGCCAGUAUUUUCAAAACAUUAACAUGUAUAUAACUGAAACGGUGUACUCCUUAUUUUCUGGGUGUAGAUUAGCCUCAUCUUUUGAGGUCAACUUUAUCACCCAGCAUCGUAACCCAACCCAAUUUUAACUGUUAGAAACUGGAAGAAAACGAUUAAUCUUUCUCUCUAAUGGAGGACACCGGGACAGGCUAUGUGUGUGCAUCAUCAGAACAAACUGAAAUCUACACUGAAGAGGAGUAUGCCAUGCGCUUUCAAUACAUUCCUUUAGUCUCUCAGUGUUUGUUUUGGACUUCCUUUUCAAAUAGGAGGUUGUAUUUAAUAUUAGCCUAUAAGCUGCUAAAAAGUUGUAGUUGUUGGCACUCUGACAACCGUUGAGAGUAUUUUACUACAAAGACAAGGCAUCAGACUUGAGCUAUUUGAUGAGUGAACGUGGACUGUGUGAAUGUGUACGUGUCCGCUAUGUGACAAGACCACUUUUAUCAGUAGUAACCGUUAUCCUGUUAUCUUGGAUGAGUGAAGGGAUGUGACAUGAUCUCUUGUAAGGAAUGCUAUAUUGGUACUUGCAAAAAGAAAAUGGGAGAACAUGACAAUUUGCUUUCUAGUAAUCAUAACAGGUCCUUGUUCUCAUUUGUUCGCGGAGCAAUGUUUUAGAAAAUCCUGCACUAGUAAUCUGCCCUACAAAGGUAAAACACAGCAACAUAUAUGUUCAACACUUUUUGUUCAAAGAGUUUUUUAAUCCAACUUUCUGACUAUACUGAUAUUGGUAAUCCAGUUUCUUGAAUUCAUAUUUUAGCAGAUUUUAGUAAACUCCAUCUUUGCUUUUGACUCUAGUGACAUUCAUGUGCUUUGGUGUGAUUAAGAUACCUUCAGUCUGUGGUAUACAGCAAAACGGAUACAUUUAAUUAUCAUAAUUUAAAGACCUGAAUAAUGAGAAAAGUUUAUUUUCGUAAAUAAAAAUAGUUGAAAAGGACAGGAAAGCUGAAAAAACACACUCUGUUGGUACAUACUGUGUUUUCCCCCUAAGUUACUGCUGUCUGCCUUUGUAGGGCAGUUGAUACCGAAAAUAAAAAAAGGGGCUUCUGUGAUGGAUAUUACUGUAGAAGGGCAUAUAUCUAAUGCCAAGCAUUUCAGCUAUGUAUCUAUUGUAUACCUAUGCUUUGCAACUUAACUACAUAUUUCUGAGCUGGCCUGUUGACCAGGAAGCUUACAUCAGUGAACAAAUGGAAGAUCCUGUGACGUACUAACAAUUUUUAAUGUGUAACUGAAGCAUACUGUCAUUUGUUUCACUUAAGGAUUGUACAGAGGACUAGUUAAGUAAUCCACUGCCAUAAGGAAAAUACUCAACAGCACCUGUUUUUAAAAAGGCCUAGAGUACUAGUUUUGUGCGUGUAUCUAUACCUCCUAACAUCUUAACUGUAAGAUUUGAGAACAGUCUUAAAACCUAUAUAAUUAAUAAACAUUAUUAACAUAGUAUAAUUAACCAAUGCAAUCAUAGUCUCACAUUGUCAGACCUAGCUCCACAGCGCUGUGUUAGUGCUGGAGUAUGGUCAGGCUACACUGCUUAAUUUUCUGGAAUGGGGGGGGGGUUCUUAACACCAAUCACAAUCGGAGCAAGGGGAGGAACAAAGACUGACAUUGAUGUCAGACAUCUGGUAAACCAGAGUAAUGCAAUCAAUAUAUGAACCAUUAGUGCUACAGACAAAAAUCUAAUCUAACAACAAUAUAUAUCUGCUGAGGUUUGAGCUCCUGAUGUCGUCAUGAGCGUUCACUAUUUGCAUUUCCAGCCUAUAAGAUGAUUAAGUGCACAAUUUAUUCAUUUUAUUAGCAAAUUAGCCAAAGUACACAACACACUGUUAUUACCUGGAAGCCUGUUAGGCCUAUGCAUAAUGAGAAUACUAGACGCAUUAGAACUAGUGAAAACGGACUGUACAGUGUCUGUAAUGUUCUGUCUCCUAUCAUAAGCCAUAUUAGAGGUAGGAUAACUCCUCCAAGAUAAACUAUAUACAUGUUAAAUCAAUAUCUGCACAUGCAUUAUCAGUGUAUGGUGUUUUAACUAUACGUCAGUGUUCUGUUUUUAUGUAUGUCCUGCAUGAUUAAGAUGUCCUUUUAUUAGCUUGCAGAACUUAAACCAUGUUUUUUUUUUUCUAAUUUUAAUUGUGCCAUCUUUUAAUCUGAAUAUUACCACACUGAAGGAACAAUUUCACUUGCCUAUUGUGCAUGUAGGAAAACAUUUUGUUCUCAUUACUUCAUGUUAAAAACCGAUAUCUGUGCAGUGUAUGAUGUAACUGUAAAUCAGUGUUCUCAUUUUGUGUUUCUAUUUUUGGCAAAGUUUAAAUGUCCAAUGUUGAAAAAUCACAUCUAUGAAGAUAUCGUCUUUGUUUUUAAAUCUUUCAUUGCUGAUAUUGUGCCAUAUUUUUGCUAAAUAUUUUUAUUGUGAAGAAAAAAAGGGUUAUCACUACAUAGUUAAGACCGUGUUAAGUGCAUGAUUUAUGGCUACCAAAUAACUUGGGAGAUUUUUUUGUUUUACCUGUGUGACACAGGUAUAAUUUUCAUGGUACCUAUCAUGUUGUUACAAACAUGGUUUCUUCUUCUCUUCUGUGAAGCUGUUGUCUGUCUAAAACUGUAAAAUGUAUUCUCCUGUAAAGUGAUGUUCUGCGCUGUUCUGACACUGUCCACACUUGUCCUUUCGACCAACAUUUGCUUCCUUAACAAGUGUCCUGGAUGCUUCAAAUGUGUACCUUGCACUGUUAAAUAAACAGUUAAAAACCUUGA